AUGGCGCCGCUCGCGGCAGACCCUCGCCAAUUGCUGGUCGUGCUCAACACGGCUAGGCGGCGGGCGCUUUACACGCUGGUCGACGAGAUCACGCAGUACAUGCGCUCCCAGCUCGUCCUGAAGCACCGCGACCAGGACCACCAUCAGAACCGACGGGGCCAGCCCACCUCUCCCGCCCCCUUAUUUGUCUCCUCCGAGAGCCGCGACAGUGCCGAUGGAGGAGGUAAUGGCAGCCCGCCCGCUAGUCUGCCCCAGCGGCCGAAGCAGGCCUCUCAGCCCCCGACCCGGGAGCUGAUUCGACUGCGGGCCACCGCCGUUGCCCACCUUGACGAGUGGCGGCGCCAGCUGCUCAAGUCGCUCAAGGAAAUCGCCGCCGCUCCGGAUGACGCCAAGAUCACCGAGGCGCGGCAGGAGCGCCAGGCCCGUCUGCAGCGCGCCAGGGCCGACACCCCGCGCCAAGGCGAGAACCUGCUGGACUUUGAUGAGCCAGCUGCGGCUGCGGUCACGGCCACGGCCACGGCUGGCGACCAUGGCCCCGAGCUGGCCGCGUUCCAGAAGCUGUACCACCCGAUCCCGACCCGCCUCACCACCGUCCCGCGCGAGGACCGCGAGGAGGCGCUCAGCUGCCUCCUGGUCAUGAUGCUCUCAACGGGCGCGUACACGGCGCUCUCGCGCACCCUGGCCGUCUACCUCGCCUCCGCCCUCGACCUCGCGCCCGCGGUGCUGGCGCGCGAGGAGGCCGAGAUCGCGCGCUCGCUCGUCGAGUCGUCCACCUCGGACGAGGCCGAGAAGCGGCGGCAGCAGCAGGCCAUGACGGCCGAGGCCGAGGCCCAGAAGCGCCGCCAGGAGGGGCAGGCCAGCCGCUUCUGGAAGGUCGGCCUGGCCUCGGUCGCCGGCGCCGCCGUCAUCGGCAUCACGGGCGGGCUGGCCGCGCCCCUCGUCGCCGGCGCCAUCGGCGGCAUCAUGGGCAGUGUCGGCCUCGGAAGUUUGGCCUCGUUUCUUGGGAUAUUUUGGAUGAACAGCGCACUUGUAGGAGCCUUGUUUGGGGCUUAUGGUGCGAAAAUGACGGGUGAGAUGAUGGACCAAUACGCCCGUGAGGUGGAGGACUUUCGCUUCAUACCGCUGAAUGAGGCAUGGGGCAAGGAGUACUCCAAAGAGGACAAAGACUCUCGACGGCUCCGCGUUACCAUUGGUAUCAACGGCUGGCUCUCAUCCAGGAAUGAUAUAGUCAAACCUUGGCGUGUGCUGGGGGCCGAUACCGAGGUGUUUGCCCUCCAGUACGAGAUCGACAGCCUGCUCAGCCUCGGCACCGCUUUGCGUGACCUGAUCGACUCCUACACCUGGGGCGUUAUCAAAGUCGAAAUCAUCAAGCGAACGGCCUUGGCGGCGCUAUACGCCGCCAUGUGGCCACUGCAGCUGCUCAAGGUCGCCUCUACCCUGGAUAACCCCUUCAACCGAGCGCGCAACCGGUCCGAAAAGGCCGGCAGGGUGCUGGCUGACGCCAUCAUCAACAAAGUUCAGGGCGAGCGACCAGUGACCCUGAUUGGAUACUCACUGGGGGCGAGAGUGAUACACUCCUGCCUCAUUUCGCUGGCCGAGCGCCGCGCAUUCGGCCUAGUGGAUCAGGCCGUGUUCAUCGGCGCCCCGGUCCCUGCGGACCGCGCCCAGUGGGAGGAGAUGCGCAGCGUGGUGUCGGGGAAGCUGUUCAACGCCUACUCGGAGAACGACUUCAUCCUCGCCUUCGUCUACAGGGCCACCAGCAUCCAGCUCGGCGUGGCCGGCCUGGAGGCCGUCGAGGGCAUCGACGGGGUCGAGAACCUGGACCUCAGCGACGCCGUGAGCGGCCACCUGCGCUACCCGGACCUGAUCGCCAAGAUCCUGGCCCGCUGCGGCUUCCCCGACGUCGAGGGCGGCGAGGGCCCCAUAGAGACGGACAAGGAGGUCAUCGAGCUGCGGGACGAUGACGGGAGCGCCAGGCAGGGGAGCCUGAUCGACCUCGACGACAACGACGCCGCCGUGGCGCCCGAGCCCAAGUCGCUGCUGUCCGGCCUGCCCGCGGCCGGCAGACAGGCCCGCCCCGCGGCCCCACGGUCUAACUCAGACGUUUUGAUGCAGCAGCUGGACCCCAUGGCGGCGCUGGCGCACAUGGACCAGGGUCAGCCACAGACCCGGCAACUUCCCGGCAGCGCCCCGCUCGCCCGGGCCCCGGCCAGCACGCCGCAGCUGCCAACCGCGGCGCCCAGCGAGACCAAGGCCAACCCCAUGCCGCCGCUCCCGGUCCUCCCACGGCCUGCUAGCAACGGUAGCGGUGAUGGCAAGAGCGGCAAGCCGGCAGACGGCGCCGAAAGUGACAGCGACAGCGACAGCGACGAUAGCGACGACGACGGCCACGUAGGAAUAAGGAUGGAAGACAACGACGACGGCGAUAUGGUCACCUACGAUGCUCCUAUACCCCUGGAUGACUAG